AUGGUCCAAACUGUCUCCGAUCAGAUGAACGUCGAAACAGACAUCAUUACUUUGACCCGUUUCAUUCUUGAAGAGCAACAAAAAUUCGCUCCCAACGCAACUGGUGAAUUGUCCCUCUUAUUGAACUCGCUCCAAUUUGCCUUCAAGUUUAUUGCUCACAAUAUCAGAAGAGCAGAAUUAGUCAACCUCAUUGGCAUUUCGGGCACAGCAAACUCCACUGGUGAUGUACAAAAAAAAUUGGACGUUAUUGGUGACGAAAUUUUCAUCAAUGCUAUGAAAUCGAGUGGCAAUGUCAAGGUGCUUGUUUCAGAAGAACAGGAAGACCUCAUUGUUUUUGAAGGUGGAGGACGUUACGCCGUCUGUACUGACCCAAUUGAUGGUUCUUCCAAUAUCGAUGCUGGUGUGUCUGUUGGUACGAUUUUUGGCGUUUACCGCUUGAAAGACGACCUGUCUGGCUCUAUUCGUGACGUUUUGAGAAAAGGUACAGAGAUGGUCGCUGCGGGUUACACUAUGUACGGUGCUUCUGCUCACCUUAUGUUAACCACUGGUAGAGGCGUCAAUGGUUUCACUUUGGACACGCAAUUGGGAGAAUUCAUCUUGACUCAACCAAACUUGAGAAUUCCUAAGAAUAGGGCCAUCUACUCUGUGAACGAAGGUAACUCGUACUACUGGCCAGAGAACAUCAAGAAGUAUAUUGAGGACUUGAAGAAGCCACAAGAUGAAUUGAAAGGCAAGCCUUACUCAGCUCGUUAUAUUGGAUCUAUGGUGGCAGACAUUCAUCGGACGUUGUUAUACGGAGGCAUCUUUGCUUACCCAGCCGACUCUAAACUGAAGAAUGGAAAAUUAAGAAUUCUUUAUGAGUGCUUUCCAAUGGCAAUGUUGAUGGAAGAGGCUGGAGGUGCAGCAGUCACUGAUAAGGGUGAGCGUAUUUUGGACAUCCUUCCUAAGGGAAUCCACGACAAAUCUGGAAUCUGGUUGGGCUCAAAGGGAGAAAUUGAGCGUUUCUUGAGCUACUUGUAA